AAGAGCCUCUUCCUUCCGGCGGGGCUGCCGAGCGCGGCCGUCUGUCCUUCCUUUCGAGAAGGAGGGGAGGUCCGGUGGUUGGGGGGAGGGACUCUUUUUCGUGGCGGAGGCCGCCGUCGGCCUUGGCCCUUUCACGACGGGGGAGGUGCUGUACGUCCAAGAUGGCGGCGCCCUGUAGGCUGGAGGGACUGUGAGGUAAACAGCUGAGGGGGAGGAGACGGUAGGCACUGUGGAAGUGCUUGGCAGUCAUUAUCUCCUUUGGUCCUCACGACAAAGAGAAGAGGCAGCCACUGUUAACACCUCCAAUCUUCUCAAAUGAAGAAACUGAGGCCCGGAGAGAACAGGGUACUUUGCCUAAGAUCACACCCCAAUUGUAUCUGAGCCAGGACUGGAACUGCUGGGAUCUGACUGACUCCAAAGAUAUGACUCUUAAAUUUAUCUGUUAUUUGAUCAAAGCUGGCCUUGACCAUGAAAGACACCAGGUUGACAGCACUGGAAACUGAAGUACCAGUUGUCCCUAGAACAGUUUGUUAGUGGCCCCAAUGAAGAACCUUCAGAACCUGUAGCACACGUCCUUGAGCCGGCACAGCGCCUUCGAGUGAGAGAAUGGCCCAACAAGCGAAUGUCGGGGAGCUUCUUGCCAUGCUGGACUCCCCCAUGCUGGGUGUGCGGGACGACGUGACAGCUGUCUUUAAAGAGAACCUCAAUUCUGACCGUGGUCCUAUGCUUGUAAACACCUUGGUGGAUUAUUACCUGGAAACCAACUCUCAGCCAGCAUUGCACAUCCUGACCACCUUGCAAGAGCCACAUGACAAGCACCUCUUGGACAGGAUUAACGAAUAUGUGGGCAAAGCUGCCACUCGUUUAUCCAUCCUCUCGUUACUGGGUCAUGUCAUAAGACUGCAGCCAUCUUGGAAGCAUAAACUCUCUCAAGCACCUCUUUUGCCUUCUUUACUAAAAUGUCUCAAGAUGGACACUGAUGUCGUUGUCCUCACAACAGGCGUCUUGGUGUUGAUAACCAUGCUACCAAUGAUUCCACAGUCUGGGAAACAGCAUCUUCUUGAUUUCUUUGACAUUUUUGGCCGUCUAUCAUCAUGGUGCCUGAAGAAACCAGGUCACGUGGCGGAAGUCUAUCUCGUCCAUCUCCAUGCCAGUGUGUACGCACUCUUUCAUCGCCUUUAUGGAAUGUACCCUUGCAACUUCGUCUCCUUUUUGCGUUCUCAUUACAGUAUGAAAGAAAACCUGGAGACUUUUGAAGAAGUGGUCAAGCCAAUGAUGGAGCAUGUGCGAAUUCAUCCGGAAUUAGUGACUGGAUCCAAGGACCAUGAACUGGACCCUCGAAGGUGGAAGAGAUUAGAAACUCAUGAUGUUGUGAUCGAGUGUGCCAAAAUCUCUCUGGAUCCCACAGAAGCCUCAUAUGAAGAUGGCUAUUCUGUGUCUCACCAAAUCUCAGCCCGCUUUCCUCAUCGUUCAGCCGAUGUCACCACCAGCCCUUAUGCUGACACACAGAAUAGCUAUGGGUGUGCUACUUCUACCCCUUACUCCACGUCUCGGCUGACGUUGUUAAAUACGCCAGGGCAGCUACCUCAGACUCUGAGUUCCCCAUCGACACGGCUGAUAACUGAACCACCACAAGCUACUUUUUGGAGCCCAUCUAUGGUUUGUGGUAUGACCACUCCUCCAACUUCUCCUGGAAAUGUCCCACCUGAUCUGUCACACCCUUACAGUAAAGUCUUUGGUACAACUGCAGGUGGAAAAGGAACUCCUCUGGGAACCCCAGCAACCUCUCCUCCUCCAGCCCCACUCUGUCAUUCGGAUGACUACGUGCACAUUUCACUCCCCCAGGCCACAGUCACGCCCCCCAGGAAGGAAGAGAGAAUGGAUUCUGCAAGACCAUGUCUACACAGACAACACCAUCUUCUGAAUGACAGAGGAUCAGAAGAGCCACCUGGCAGCAAAGGUUCUGUCACUCUAAGUGAUCUUCCAGGGUUUUUAGGUGAUCUGGCCUCUGAAGAAGAUAGUAUAGAAAAAGAUAAAGAAGAAGCUGCAAUAUCUAGAGAACUUUCUGAGAUCACCACAGCAGAGGCAGAGCCUGUGGUUCCUCGAGGAGGCUUUGACUCUCCCUUUUACCGAGACAGUCUCCCAGGUUCUCAGCGGAAGACCCACUCGGCAGCCUCCAGUUCUCAGGGCGCCAGCGUGAACCCUGAGCCUUUACACUCCUCCCUGGACAAGCUUGGGCCUGACACACCAAAGCAAGCCUUUACUCCCAUAGACCUGCCCUGCGGCAGUGCUGAUGAAAGCCCUGCGGGAGACAGGGAAUGCCAGACUUCUUUGGAGACCAGUAUCCUCACUCCCAGUCCUUGUAAAAUUCCACCUCCAACGAGAGUGGGCUUUGGAAGCGGGCAGCCUCCCCCGUAUGAUCAUCUUUUUGAGGUGGCAUUGCCAAAGACAGCCCAUCAUUUUAUCAUCAGGAAGACUGAGGAGCUGUUAAAGAAAGCAAAAGGAAACACAGAGGAAGAUGGUGUGCCCUCUACCUCCCCAAUGGAAGUGCUGGACAGACUGAUACAGCAGGGAGCAGACGCGCACAGCAAGGAGCUGAACAAGUUGCCUUUACCCAGCAAGUCUGUCGACUGGACCCACUUUGGAGGCUCUCCUCCUUCAGAUGAGAUCCGCACCCUCCGAGACCAGUUGCUUUUACUGCACAACCAGUUACUCUAUGAGCGUUUUAAGAGGCAGCAGCAUGCCCUCCGGAACAGGCGGCUCCUCCGCAAGGUGAUCAAAGCAGCAGCUCUGGAGGAACAUAAUGCCGCCAUGAAAGAUCAGUUGAAGUUACAAGAGAAGGACAUCCAGAUGUGGAAGGUUAGUCUGCAGAAAGAACAAGCUAGAUACAGUCAGCUUCAGGAGCAGCGUGACACUAUGGUAACCAAGCUCCACAGCCAGAUCAGACAGCUGCAGCAUGACCGAGAGGAAUUCUACAACCAGAGCCAGGAAUUACAGACGAAGCUGGAGGACUGCAGGAACAUGAUUGCAGAGCUGCGGAUAGAAUUGAAGAAGGCCAACAACAAGGUGUGUCACACUGAGCUGCUGCUCAGUCAGGUUUCCCAAAAGCUCUCAAACAGUGAGUCGGUCCAGCAGCAGAUGGAGUUCUUGAACAGGCAGCUGUUGGUUCUUGGGGAGGUCAACGAGCUAUAUUUGGAACAACUGCAGAACAAGCACUCAGAUACCACAAAGGAAGUAGAAAUGAUGAAAGCUGCCUAUCGGAAAGAGCUAGAAAAAAACAGAAGCCAUGUUCUCCAGCAGACUCAGAGGCUUGAUACCUCCCAAAAACGGAUUUUGGAACUGGAAUCUCACCUGGCCAAGAAAGACCACCUUCUUUUGGAACAGAAGAAAUAUCUAGAGGAUGUCAAACUCCAGGCAAGAGGACAGCUGCAGGCCGCAGAGAGCAGGUAUGAGGCUCAGAAAAGGAUAACCCAGGUGUUUGAAUUGGAGAUCUUAGAUUUAUAUGGCAGGUUGGAGAAAGAUGGCCUCCUGAAAAAACUUGAAGAAGAAAAAGCAGAAGCAGCUGAAGCAGCAGAAGAAAGGCUUGACUGUUGUAACGACGGGUGCUCAGAUUCCAUGGUAGGGCACAAUGAAGAGGCAUCUGGCCACAACGGUGAGACCAAGACCCCCAGGCCCAGCAGCACCCGGGGCAGUAGUGGAAGCAGAGGAGGUGGAGGCAGCAGCAGCAGCAGCAGCGAGCUUUCUACCCCAGAGAAACCCCCACACCAGAGGGCAGGCCCAUUCAGCAGUCGGUGGGAGACGACUAUGGGAGAAGCCUCUGCCAGCAUCCCCACCACUGUGGGCUCACUUCCCAGUUCAAAAAGCUUCCUGGGUAUGAAGGCUCGAGAGUUAUUUCGUAAUAAGAGCGAGAGCCAGUGUGAUGAGGACGGCAUGACCAGUAGCCUUUCUGAGAGCCUAAAGACAGAACUGGGCAAAGACUUGGGUGUGGAAGCCAAGAUUCCCCUGAAUCUAGAUGGCCCGCACACAUCUCCCCCGAACCCGGACAGUGUUGGACAGCUACAUAUCAUGGACUACAAUGAGACUCAUCAUGAACACAGCUAAGGAUAAUGGUCAAUCAGUGUUAACUUGCAUAUUGUUGGCACAGAACAGGAGGUGUGAAUGCACGUUUCAAAGCUUUCCUGUUUCCAGGGUCUGAGUGCAAGUUCAUGUGUGGAAAUGGGACGGAGGUCCUUUGGACAGCUGACUGAAUGCAGAACGGUUUUUGGAUCUGGCAUUGAAAUGCCUCUUGACCUUCCCCUCCACCCGCCCUAACCCCCUCUCAUUUACCUCGCAGUGUGUUCUAAUCCAAGGGCCAGUUGGUGUUCCUCAGUAGCUUUAGUUUCUUCCUUUCCCCCCAAAAUGGUUGCGUCCUUUGAACCUGUGCAAUAUGAGGCCAAAUUUAAUCUUUGAGUCUAACACACCACUUUCUGCUUUCCUGAAGUUCAGAUAACUGGGUUGGCUCUCAAUUAGACCAGGUAGUUUGUUGCAUUGCAGGUAAGUCUGGUUUUGUCCCUUUCAGGAAGACAUAGCCUGCAAAGCUGGUUGUCUUUACAUGAAAGCUUUUACAUGAGACUUUUCGACUGCUUUUUUGAUUCUGAAGUUCAGCAUCUAAAGCAGCAGGUCUAGAAAAACAAUGGUUUAUUCACACUUCCAUUCUUUUGGCAGUUCUGAUAAGCUUCCUAGAAAGUUCUGUGUAAACAGAAGCCUGUUUCAGAAAUCUAGAGCUGGCACUGUGGAGACCAUACACCCUUUGGGAAAGCUCUUGUCUCUUCUUCCCCCACUACCUCUUAUUUAUUUGGUGUUUGCUUGAAUGCUGGUAUUAUUGUGACCACAGGCUGGUGUGUAGGUGGUAAAACCUGUUCUCCAUAGGAGGCAAGGAGCAGUCACUGGGAGAGGUUACCCGAGAAGCACUUGAGCAUGAGGAACUGCACCUUUAGGCCACCUCAGCUUGCUGGGCCUUUUGUUAAACACUUCUGUCUGCUGGCCUCCCUUUGUGUGCAUACGCCUCUUGUUCACGUCAGCUUAUUUGUGACACUGCAGCAGAAACGCUCUGAAGGUCCAAAGAGUUUCUGCAAAGUGUAUGUGACCAUCAUUUCCCAGGCCUUUAGGGUUGCCUCACUGUAGCAGGUUCUAGGCCCCCAGAAGGGGGGCAGCUUUUUCAUACCAAUUCCAGCUUUCAGGGGCUGACUCUCCAGGGAACUGAUAUCAUCAUACUCUCCACGUUAGUAAUGGCAGAGCAGUCUAAACAGAGUCCGGGAGAAUGCUGGUAAAGGCUGGCUGUGUAUACCCACUAGGCUGCCCUACAUGUUCACGGGAGAUGACACUAGUCAGAAAAGUGGCAGUGGCAGAGAAUCCAAACUCAACAAGUGCUCCUGAAAGAAAUGCUAGAAGCCUAAGAACUGUGGUCUGGUGUUCCAGCUGAGGCAGGGGGAGUUGGUAGGAAGGAGCCAGUGAACUUGGCUUUCCUGUGUCUAUCUUUCAUUAAAAAGAAUAGAAGGAUUCAGUCAUAAAGAGGUAAAAAACUGUCAUGGUACGAAAUCUUAGUGCACACAGAGGCCUCGAGCACGAAAGAAUGAAAGUCUUUUUUUUUUUUUUUUUUUUUUUAGCAUGGCAAUAAAUAUUCUAGCAUCCCUAACUAAAGGGGACUAGACAGUUAGAGACUCUAUGUCACCCUAGCUAUACCAGCAGAAAACCUGUUCAGGCAGGCUUUCUGGGUGUGACUGAUUCCCAUCCUGUGGCAGGGCGUGGUCCCAACUACUCAGCCUAGCACAGGCUGGCAGUUGGUACUGAAUUGUCAGAUGUGGAGUAUUAGUGACACCACACAUUUAAUUCAGCUUUGUCCAAAGGAAAGCUUAAAAUCCAAUACAGUCUAGUUUCCUGGUUCAGUUUUAGAAAAGGAAAACGUGAACAAAUUUAGAAAGGGAAGGAAAUCCCAUCAGUGAAUCCUGAAACUGGUUUUAAGUGCUUUCCUUCUCCUCAUGCCCAAGAGAUCUGCGCCACAGAACAAGAUACCAGGCACUUAAAGCCUUUUCCUUAAUUGGCAAAGGAAAAGAGGCCCAAGUGCAAAAGAAAAAACAUUUUAGAAACGGACAGCUUGUAAAAAUAAAGGGAAGAAAGGAGGCACCAUGGACAGAGGCCUGGGCUAGACGCUCCAUGGACGUGUCUGCGCAGAGUCCUCAGCUCGUCCAUCCGGCCUGGGUGUCCCUUUACUCAGCUUUAUAACAAACGUGGCUCCAAGCUCAGGUGCCUUUGAAUUCUAGGACACUGUGGGUUUUAUUCAACUAUGGUUGGGAGAAUGAGACCUGGAGUCAUGUUGAAGGUGCCGAACCUAAAAAUGUAGGCUUUCAUGUUGCAAAGAACUCCAGAGUCGGUAGUUAGGUUUGGUUUGGUUUUGGACGUGAUAAACCUGCCAAGAGUCAACAGGUCACUUGAUCAUGCUGCAGUGAGUAGUUUUAAAGAUGGAAAGGUGAUAGUAGGACUCUCGAGAGGCAAUUCAGUCCUGGGCAAAGGUAUUAGUACAAUAAGCGUUAAGGGCAGAGUCUACCUUGAAACCAAUUAAGCAGCUUGAUAUUCAUAAAUAUUGGGAUUGGAUGGCCUCCAUCCAGAAAUCACUAUGGGUGAGCAUACCUGUCUCAGCUGUUUGGCCAAUGUGCAUAACCUACUCGGAUCCCCACCUGACACUAACCAGAGUCAGCACAGGCCCCGAGGAGCCCGAAGUCUGCUGCUGUGCAGCAUGGAAUUCCUUUAAAAAGGUGCACUACAGUUUUAGCGGGGAGGGGGAUAGGAAGACGCAGAGCAAAUGAGCUCCCGAGUCCCUGCAGGUGAAUAAACACGCAGAUCUACAUCUGAUAGAACUUUUAUGGAUUUUCAAAAAGCCAUUGACAAGGCUCUGCUAUAAAGUCUAUAAAAAUUGUUAUUAUGGGAUUGGAAGAAACACGUCAUCAUGAAUAUAAAAAAAAACAAACCCAAAGGUAGGAAGGUCAAGGUCAUAUCUUAGAUGGAGACGUUGUGAAAGAUGUCCUUGGAGAUGAGUUUUAGGACCAGCAUUACUAAGGCAGGUGGGCAGACAGUGACCUCUCUAGGUGUAUCCACAGAGUUUUUCAGGAGAGAAAACUGCCUGACCUUUGGGACUAAGCUGCAGAAUCUUCUUACUAAGCUUGAUGAGUGGAGAGGCGAGAGGUGAGCUACUUUGUGAGCCAAAGCUUAUGUGACAUGGUUGGGGAAACAGUCCAAAAUGUUCUGAGAAGGUGAACUGUUACAACCCAGGACAAUUAGAAGAAUUCACCCACCAUGCUGCACAUUACUGGGUAAAAGCAGGGCAGCAGGGAACAAAACUCCAGACUCUUGGGCCGUCCCCAUUUGCAACAGCACACGUAGUUUCUGGUAUAUUUGUUGAGAAAGAUAAAACUCUAGCAGUUGUUCAGGGGAGGAUGUAUAAAAUGGUCGGGGGGAUGAAAGGAUCUCUGAGACCACAGAGGCUCAGACUCGCUGUUAAGAAUAGAAAACUGGGUAUAUGUUUCAUGUAGCCAGCAGAACCGAAGUGUGCUGUGACAAGCCAAUGUGAAUUUCUACCAAAUAGUACAGCAUACAUACCACUUGAAGAAAGAAAGAACUGAAGAGCAAACAAAAGUUCUGCGUAACGAGACUCACCUUUUCUCACUGAAAGCACUAAGAGGUGGGAGGAGGCCUGUACAGGCUGGAGGAGGGUUUGGGCAGAGCAAAGGCCCGGCCAAGACCUUGGUGAGAUGGAGUGCCGCCCGCCUCCUGCGGAUACUCUUGGAGAGUGGUUCCCCCGGGUGGCUCUGUCCCACCUGGAGAAAGAAGCUGCCUUGUGUGGAGUGACUCAAAUCAGUAUACCUAUCUGCUGCACCUUCACUCUCCAGGGUACAUGCUUCAAAACCGACCUGCAACAAGCAUUGGAAAAACGUAUCCAGUCUGAAGAUGUUUGUGUAUCUGUUUACAUCCAGAGUUCUGUGACACAUGCCCCCCAGAUUGCUGCAAAGAUCCCAAGGCAUUGAUUGCACUUGAUUAAGCUUUUGUCUGUAGGUGAAAGAACAAGUUUAGGUCGAGGACUGGCCCCUAGGCUGCUGCUGUGACCCUUGGCCCAUGUGGCUUGUUUGCCUGUCCGGGACUCUUCAAUGUGCCCAGGGGAGCGUGCUCGUGUCUGUUCCAUGCCGUCCUGCAGUCCGUAUCUGCUCGCCUGAGGGAAGAGGAGCUGUAGCUACAAGGGAAGCCUGCCUGGAAGAGCCGAGCACCUGUACCCACGGCUUCUGGUCAUGAAACAAAUGAAUGAUGGCAGAGGAGCUUCCUCCCCGCUUCCCAGCGCCACAUUAUCUAUCCUCUGAGAUAAGUAGGCUGGUUUAACCAUUGGAAUGGACCUUUCAGUGGAGACGUGAAAGUCUGAGAACCCCCAGACCAACCCUUCCCUCCCUUUCCCCACCUCUUACAGUGUUUGGACAGGAGGGUAUGGUGCUGCUCUGUGUAGCAAGUACUUUGGCUUAUGAAAGAGGCAGCCAUGCAUUUUGCACUAGGAAGAAUCAGUAAUCACUUUUCAGAAGACUUCUAUGGACCACAAAUAUAUUACAGAGGAACAGAUUUUGCUAAGACAUAAUCUAGUUUUAUAACUCAAUCAUGGAUGAACCAUGUGUGGCAAACUUGCAGUUUAAAGGGGUCCCAUCAGUGAAAAGAAACUGAUUUUUUUUUAACGGACUGCUUUUAGUUAAAUUGAAGAAAGUCAGCUCUUGUCAAAAGGUCUAAACUUUCCCGCCUCAAUCCUAAAAGCAUGUCAACAAUCCGCAUCAGAUGCCAUAAAUAUGAACUGCAAGAUUAAAUGGUACAAUCUUAGUGAAUGGGAAUUGGAAUCAAAAGGGUUUGCUGUCCUUCUUAGAAUGUUCUAAAAUGUCAAGGCAGUUGCUUGUGUUUAACUGUGAACAAAUAAAAAUUUAUUGUUUUGCACUA